CGACGCACCUGACUCAUCCACAACCUGGAAGUCAGUCGGCUCGUUCAUUCACGGAGCUAACGUUGUCUCAUCCCGUACGCUACUGUGAGACAUGGGGGCUGUGUUUCACGGCCACAGCUGAGAGUCCACUUAUUAGCAAAGAAACAACACCGAGACACCUUUUCCUAACGAGCUGCCAGGUCAGGCCCUGAACAUGGAGUCUAUGCUGAACAAGCUAAAGAGCACCGUCACAAAGGUGACGGCAGAUGUCACCAGCGCUGUCAUGGGCAACCCGGUGACACGAGAGUUUGAGGUUGGAAGACACAUCGCCAGCGGCGGUCCUGGAUUGUGCUGGAGGAUCUACAAUGGCACUAAGAAGUCCACCAAACAGGAAGUGGCAGUGUUUGUGUUUGAUAAGAAGAUGAUUGAUAAGUAUCAGAAAUUUGAGAAGGACCAAAUCAUUGAUUCGCUGAAAAAAGGAGUCCAACAGCUGACCAGACUGCGUCACCCUCGUCUCCUGACUGUGCAGCAUCCUCUGGAAGAGUCACGAGACUGCUUGGCGUUCUGUACAGAGCCGGUGUUUGCCAGUCUGUCCAACGUCCUGGGCCAGUGGGAAAACCUGCCCAGCCCUAUGCCCACUGACAUCAAGGAGUACAAACUCUUUGAUGUGGAGACCAAGUAUGGCUUGCUACAGAUCUCAGAGGGUUUGUCCUUCCUCCACAGUGGAGUGAAAAUGGUCCACGGCAACUUGUGUCCAGAAAACAUCAUCCUCAACAAGAGCGGAGCCUGGAAGAUCAUGGGCUUUGACUUCAGCAUUUCCUCUACCAACCCUUCAGAUGCUGAGCCUAAGUACACAUGUAAAGAGUGGGAGCCCAACCUCCCUCCGCUCUCCCUCCCCAACCCUGAAUACCUGGCCCCUGAGUACAUCCUGUCCGUCAGCUGCGACUCCGCUUCUGACAUGUACUCACUGGGCGUGGUCAUGCACGCCGUCUUCAAUGAGGGCAAGCCUGUUUUCCAAGUCAACAAGCACGACAUUUUUAAGAGCUUCAGCAGGCAGCUGGACCAGCUGAGCACCAUGAGUCCAGCUCUGUUGAACAAGAUCCCAGAGGAGGUGAGGGAGCACGUCAAAAUGCUGCUGAGCGUCACGCCCAACGUCAGACCAGAUGCAGACCAGAUGACAAAGAUUCCAUUUUUCGACGACGUGGGUGCUAUGACCCUGCAGUACUUUGACUCCCUAUUCCAAAGGGACAACCUACAGAAGUCCCAGUUCUACAAAGGUCUCCCUAAAGUCCUGCCCAAACUACCCAAGAGAGUUGUGGUGUAUCGAAUCUUGCCAGCAUUGACUUCAGAGUUCGUCAACCCGGACAUGGUUCCCUUCGUGCUGCCCAACGUGCUGCUGAUCGCCGAGGAGUGCACCAAGGAGGAGUACGUGCGCCUCAUCUUGCCUGACCUCACGCCUGUUUUCAAGCAGCAAGAGCCUGUUCAGGCUAGUAAUAUGAUCCUGCUGAUAUUCCUGCAGAAGAUGGACCUGCUGCUUACCAAGACACCAGCGGAGGACAUUAAGAACAGUGUGCUGCCCAUGGUCUACAGAGCUUUGGAAGCCCCUUCUGUCCAGAUCCAGGAGCUGUGCCUGAACAUCAUCCCGACGUUCGCCAAUCUGAUUGACUACCCGUCCAUGAAGAACUCCCUCAUCCCUCGAGUCAAAUCAGCCUGCCUUCAGACCUCGUCACUUGCCGUACGAGUGAACUCCCUGGUGUGUCUUGGGAAGAUUUUGGAAUAUCUAGACAAGUGGUAUGUCAUUGAUGAGAUCCUGCCCUUCCUACAACAGAUCCCCUCCAGAGAACCGGCCGUACUCAUGGGUAUUCUCGGAAUUUAUAAGUGCACCUUCAGCCACAAGAAGCUGGGCAUCCCCAAAGAGCACCUCGCCUCCAAGAGCCUGCCCCACCUCGUCUCUCUUAGUAUAGACAAUAACCUCAACCUUAACCAGUUUAACUCGUUCAUGGUGGUCAUACGGGACAUGCUGAGUCGCAUGGAGGCUGAACACAAGACCAAGUUGGAGCAGCUGCACGUGAUGCAGGAGCAGCAGAGGAGUAUAAAUAUUACAAACCCAGGGAGCCAAUCAGAGGAGACCAAGAGCCCACCUAGCACUGGCAACCAGAUUGAUGAUAUCUUUGGCAGCACCGGGGUUAAUGGGAAAGAGAAUGGAUCUGCAGCAGCAGCCCCACAGCCUAAUAGAAUGUCUCUGACUCUCGAGGAGAAACAGCGUUUGGCUAAGGAGCAGGAGCAGGCAGCCAAACUGAGGAGCCAGCAGCCAUUAGCACCACAGACUAUGAAACCAGCCUCCAACACCAACACAAAGACUAAGGAUCUGACAAGCAGCCUUCUCAACAACAUGACAUCUAUAAACAGCCUGUCCUUGGCAAACACAGCACGACCAGCCCCUGUGCAGGGCACCACCAUCGCUGCCUUCCCCUCCGCUAGCCCCAUGAUGGGCCCCAUGGGUGUCUCGGUCUCCAACGGCUUUAAUCCCCCCAUGGGCUUUCAGGCAGGAGGCAUGGGGAUGGGCAUGCGGCCCGCAGGCCCCGGUCUCUACGGUGGCAUGGCCACAACCACCAGCACCCCAAACUUUGGAGCCCUCACGCAAAAUCAAGGACAGACAAAUAAAGCUCCUGACAUGUCAGCUUUGGACAGUCUUUUCACACCCAGCCAGCCCAAAGUCACCCUCAACCAAAUGGGUCCAAAGGCUACACCCGGCACCAACACCCCAUGGCUCAAUCAGUUUGGUUCACCCCAGAACGCUCAGACUCAGAUGCAGGGCGCGUCGGUAGGGAUGGGAGGAGUGCCCAGCGGGUUUGGGAUGCAAGCAAACCCUUUUUUCAGCCCGCAGAACUUUUCUCAACCUACUGCUGCUGCUGCUGCCCCUAGCCUGAACCAAAGCGGAGUCAAACAUAGCGCAUCUGUCAACAAUGAUCUAAAAGACUUAUUCGGCUAAAUGUAAAAGAAAAAAAGAAAAGAUGCAAGGUUAAGUAUGUUCUUCUAAUAACUUUGGGUGGAUGAGCCUUGUAUUGUCACUGAACAAAACACUGAUUGGUGUGAACAUUUAAAAUCCUUCCAAGGGUGUUGCUGUCUGUAUUUUUAAUCCAACCUGGUUCAAAUUCUGACUCUCGCUCACAUUCAGCUGGCAAAUUAACCUGCACCCGAACUCCAUUUCUACUACUCGACCAGAAGGACAAAAGGUUGGGGUGGGAACUACUACUUCUCCUUCUAUGCUGUGUUCUUUAAAUGCUGGGGGUUUCCUACUGUUUUGUACUUGACAUUCUCGGGAGUCCAAAUAACGUGGGUUGAGAUUAAUCCCAACUCAGUUUAUUCAGGAAGGUUUUGUGUUCAUAUCAUGAAUAAUUGAAUGGUUGGGAGUGGAUUUCACUUCGUGAACAAGUCGCCACUUCAAACUGAGUGGAGAGUGGCUUCACAUUCGCUCAGUUUCAGGCUUCUGUACUUUUUUUUUGCUUAUUUCUCCAGACUAUAUUAGGAUUCGCUGCAUGUUUGAAAUGAUCAGAGAGUUGGCUUAAAAACAAAUACGCCUUACACCAAAAUGUGCGAGUCCAGUGGGAGGUAGCUUGAAGUGUAGCACCAACAAGCCGGCAGUCACUGAUCUGCAUCCAGGAAGCUCCUCCAUGGAAAGGAAAUCUGAAAGGGGGUGUUAAAAAAAUAAAUAAAAAAAAGACGACGGCUGCGGUACAAAUGGGGAAAACCAAGUAGCCCCACUGCAGUCCGUCUCCAUGGUAACUGCUUCUCUGCAGCACCAGAAACCUCCAUUUUGUGGACCCAAAUUGGACUAAUGAUCCACUCUGGUCUCAGUUUGUUUCCCCCUGUGGUCUCAUUCUUUUUUAUCAUACUGUGUUCUAAGGCUGUGAAACUUUUUACUUAAUUUGACAUCUGAACAUGCUUCGCGUUUGAAAGGGAAGGGGUCAUUUUCUCAAGUUUGUCGACGACCAUUUCACCAUGAUCUCAAUUUGUGUAAAUGCCAGUAUGAAUGACUUAUCGAUAGCCAAGUUAGGAUGUGUGGAGUAGCUUUUUUUU